AUGGUGCGCGCAGACCAAGGCAUUCAGGGCCGCUCGGCUCCUCGCGCCAAGUCGCGCUCAUCCGCAACAGCUGCGAUCCGAGCGCGCUCUUCCACCUCGGCACCCAAAGUCGCUGCUGCUCCCCCCACCAAGAUCACCAAAGCGGCCAAGCGUGCGAUGAAGCGCGCAGAGCUCAUGGCCAAGGUCGAUCCGAAAGCUCGUCCGUCGCUACUUAAUCUCGAACCAACAAAUGGCACACUGUCCAAAUCGUCAUUACGGAGGCAGAAGAGGAAGCAGAAGGAGCAGUUGGCCGGCAACACGACGGGCUUAAAGGAUCUCGCAGAGGCGAUGGACGAGGUCGCUCAGGAGGUUCAGGGGAGCGACGAAGAUGACGAGGACGCCUACGACAUCGAAGACGGAGGUGAUGACGACGAUGACAUGCUAGAGAAGGCGUCAAGACAGCCUGCGACCUCAGCGUAUCCGCUUGUCGGCGCGCAGAAGACCAAGAAGGACGCAACAGUCACCGAAAAGGCGAGAAAGAAGGCACUAUCUCUGGAAAUGCAACGCCAAAAUCUGAUUCUCUCGGAUCCAGCCUACGCCAGGAAUCCGUUCGCCGCUCUCCGUCUCCAUGCACAGAACACACUCGCAUUCGACAAGGGCAACCCGAAGCCCAAGCAUUGA